CCGUUGUUCUUGGAAACUGCGAAUGCCCCCAACACCGGACUUCUACUGUCGCUAUUGAAUAUGGCGAAUGAUAUCGAACUUUCUCUGCUGAGUGCCAAACAUGAAGACGGCGAGGAUGAGUUCUUCGAUGGGUCGAAGAGAGCGGAAUACGAGCCUUCCCAAAAUGGAGAAUCCGACUCGGACGAAGAGGACCUCGUAGUGGAUGAUGGGAGCCGGGCUCUUCUCCGAGGACAUACUACCUCAGAAACAAAAGAGAACGUGCAAAAUGACCGGUUAUGGCCUCAAAUCAGAGGAAUAGUCAUCGAGCACUGGCACGCCAUGCUGGAGGUCGACCAACUGAUCAUGAUCAUCCCAGUCGUCCUCAACCUCAAGGGAAAUCUCGAGAUGAAUCUCUCCGCGCGCCUCGGCACGGCGGCCAACGUGGGAGAGCUGGAUGAACCGCAGGCCCGGCGCGAAAUUAUCGUCGGCAACCUCGCUCUUCUGCAGGUCCAGGCGGCGGUCGUAUCGUUCAUCGCUGCGGACACGGAAUCAGAGCACCCGGACAUCUGGUCUGCCAACAUUCGUUAUGGUCGCAUGCUGUGCUAUGGGGGCGGCAUCGUUAUCGAGCAUGAUCUUGGGGUCAUUUAUGUGCUCACUGGUCGUUGGGUGCAGAUAUCUUGGACUGGAUCCAGGUAUAACAUCGCGCCGCCCAUCGCAUCCUGUCUCGGAGAUCUGGUCACCCUCCUGCUCCUCGGUGCUGUUGCAACGACAUUGAUCUACGUCAUGCACACACCCAUUCCGUUCGUCGUCGCCAUCAUCGUCGCCUUGUUCGCCAUCUCGUGCUGGUCGCCUCUCUUUGGAGCGAUGAUCAUCAGCAGCGGCACCGGCAUCGUGCUGGACAUGUUCGUUACCCGGUAUGAAGGUUUUGCACUACUCGCAGUUGUCAUCAGCGGUCUGCCCGGCGCUGUCGGCUCGAUCUUCGCCUCGCGUCUCUCUACCAGUUUGCACGCCGCUGCAUACUCGCUUGCUCCCCCGGCAACCGCGGGCCCAGGCCCCACAAGACGAGAACCGUCGACGAAGGUCGUGAUGCUCGUCCUGCUCCUUGUCACGAUCCCUGUGGAGAUGAUCUUCCUCGGGAUCUUGGCCGGACUGAAUUGGCUACGACCGCCGGUUAUGUUUGUCGGGUUCUCAAUCGUGUUUUUCUGCACUGCUGUGGCAUCCUCUCUGCUCAUCGCACGGUGGCUGGUCAACUUUUUGUGGGCGCGCAAACUCGAUCCGGACAUGUACGCUCUGCCGGUGCACUCGGCUCUGAUGGACCUCAUCGGGCAGCUGCUUCUUGUGCUCUGCUACGAGAUCGUGUCGCUUUUUGGCAUAAAACUGAACAGCGCGAGGUAGACUGCCGCACAAAAUUUGACCUUAGCAUGGACGUAACAUUAUUUGUAUCUCACCGCAUUGUACAGUCACAUUCAUUUACCCUAGAAGCCAGUCUCUGAAUAUUAUUCAUCGAACCGAUGCAGUCAUAUCGAAAUUAGAAUCGGAUCGUUCCGCGGCAGGACACAGUUCAAGCGGCCAAUGCUGCAGCGAGCAGGCGCUUGAAAUUGGGCGUGCCCAUCCCACCUUCGAGCGCUCGUGGCAUCGAAACCGACCGACGAGGCAGGGCAGACGGAGCCCGAGUUGUGCCCGACAGUGAUAUCAUUGAAUGCACCGGAGUUGGCAUACAGGAACGGAUUCAGGAACCCGAGCACGGGCUUUCCCGCAGCGAUCAGGCGGUCAUUGAUGAGCGCAAUCAUGCUCGCGAAUGUGGGCGACGACGCGCUCGUCCCGCCGCUCAGCGCCAAGGCCCCCUCGAUGCCGAUCUGGAAGUUCACGGCCUGGAGGGCGACGUCCGGGUACCCGCGGCCGGUGCGAUUGAACGACGCGCUGAAGUUGGCCGGGACGGUCUUGAGGAAGGAGGCGACCUGCUUUUGCUGGUAUGCUGGCGCCGGGAACAUCGUGGAGAAUCCUCCGCCCGUGAAGUUGACGGCCGUCUCGGGGAACCCGAUGGUCCCCCCUACGGAGGUUAUGAAUGGACAAGUCGCGGGGAAGACCGGAGCCAGAUCGGGCAUGUCGCAGUCGUCCAGGCUGUCGUGGUUAUUAUGCACUCCACCCUGCGAUAGUGAGUUGACUUUGCGGGCUCUUCUCCAGAACGAACGAGACCCACAUCUCCAGAAGCAAAUAAGACCGAGAUACCCCGGGCACCAAGGGACAUGUAAGCAUUGCAAAGAGCGCUGCAGAGACCAUCAGAUGUAGUCCAGCGUGAAAUAGAGAACCCACUCGACUACAGUAAUGUCAAUGACUGAUUCGGUCAUGCCAUACGAUGUCGUCAUCACUGUUGGCGGAUUGCUGACGCCCUGGAGAUACGUUGUGGUGUCGAGCAGAGCAGUCAAAAAGUCAAAUUCUCCGACAGAGAGGAAUGUCACAGGCACCCCGGUGGCAAGUCCUUGCUUCACAUGAGGCCUAUGUGAGACGGAGGGACACGGACUGGUACUCACCAACGGUGUACUGCAUGUCCAAGUUGGCUUCCUCUCCCGCCCAGCCGGCGCCCUGCGGAUUUGAUCCCCCAUUGAUGUUCUGCAGGUUAAAUGUCGUCGUCGACGGGAUAUCCGGUCGGAGCUGUUCCAGGAACAACUGGC